AUGAAUUCUCUUGUAUCGCGCGUAACCCCAAUAUGUACUUUUCAACCAUUUUCUUGGGGGGGCUUGCUCAUUUCAGCAGCCCAAGCAAACCCAUACACCCAGGCGAGCCUACAACCAGUCACAAAGCGUGCGGGUCAGCAUGAGCCCAUCAAGGUGAUCGAACUACCCCUGCCUCCAGUCACUCUCAAUGAAACCGAGGGCGGGUGUACCCGACAAGUGAACCCGCAUGGGACUGGAUGUAUUGGCGCAAACUCCUCCAAUCUGCUGAGCGGAAACUUUCUUCCGGAUGGAGAUCAUGUCACAGCUUCUUUAGUGUUUACUGGAGCACCGGCUUCCCCUGAUCCAAGAAGUAACUAUACUGGCCUCAACUUGAUCAUUGUUCGUACCAAUGGAACACUGUUCCCGAACGGCGACGCUUGGAAAUGUAUUACCUGUGGCGUGCCGACGGAUCAGCAAUAUGGGCUCACAUCGUCAAUGGACUAUCAAUACCCCCAAGCGUUUGCAGAUGGUACUCGUGUUCUAGCGGGGAGUUAUAUCAUCGACUGCGGUACUGCACAGCUGACUAGCCCCGAGUGUUCCCCGGACAAGGUUCACAUCUAUCCCCUUCGCUGGAAUACUUCCCCCACUGGCUCGGGGGCUGGGGGGUCCAUUCGUGAGCUUCGAAAACACCCAGAUGAUAUUCAUCUGACUUUCAACGCAAUCUCCUACUCUGGUUCUACCGUGUCCCAAAAUGCAUAUUUUGCACGGUUGCAAUUCAACCCUGCACCUAAGAACGGAACACCGCUCACGCCGAGAUACGAUCUGGUCAAUGUGACUGGGCUGUACUCCCCUGAAUCUGCAUCUAUGUUUUCCUUCAAUGGAGAUAAUAUGACGAUCAAUGACCAGGCUAUCACGGUGGGAGAGGUACGCGGCCUGAAUGGACUGGGUGACGAAAUCCAGUACCUUGGAUUCCCUGCGGAAUCUUGCAACAUUGACAUCUUCAACAUCAGCUUGAAGAGUGGAAAAGUUGCUCGAAUGACGUACGGACCCGAAUAUGUCGACCCGUUCGAUAUCUCCCCAGAUGGUAAAUGGGCUGUCAUAAUGGACACUACGACUACCAAUCGAAUGAUGUUUCUGUCAGGGAUGAGGGGGGGUUCCACCUCUCAUCGAUUCGCUCCUCACCGCUGCUAUAUCAUCCAUCCGGAACAAUGGUGGGCGAUGUUUUUUGUACCGUGGAUCUACGAUCGUGAAGUUCAGUAUGUCAAUUCCGAUCGCAGCUAUGAAGGGCAGCAGAUCAAUUCUGGCGGCGAUGGAAGCCCAGGUAGUGUGAAUGAUCCUUUUUGGAACGGAGGCGCUGAUCCUCGAUGGUCCCCGGAUGGUACCAAGAUUGCAUACUUCCAACUACUUACCACAGCCCCGGACUGCGGUGGGAGUAAUCCAUUACCUUGUCCUGUGUCGACUGUUUCGGGUGGCCGCACCGCCCGGCUCAUGCUAGCAACUUUAACUAGCCGCAAGCCCCUGAAAAGGGCCAGGGUGCAAUCCGCCUCUGAUAUUGUCCCUUGGGGCGAUCCAUAUGUUCCAGGGAGCAUGGCACCAGCAGCAUUUAGGCUUCCAUACGGCAACUUCUCUUUAGCUGGUAAAGUGAGCGGUCAUGCUGAUGUGGCUUUUAUUGCCAACGGCGCUGGGACUGCACUGGAGACAGUCGACGUCACAUAUCACAACUACUCAGACAACGGAGAAAAUUUCAUUAAAGGUAGCGAGAAAGUGACUGCCUUGUACCCCAACGCUACUCUGAUUCACGUCGAUUGGGUUUCCAACUUAUCUUCCACUGGGAUUAGCAAGAGUACGAAAGUCACCAGCCCCGGUGGGUUCCAGUUUGAGAUUGACAUCGAGAAUAACAAGUUUUACGCAAAGGGUACCUUGACUACUACUGUUAAUGGCGUGAUCUAUCAGCAGCCCUGUAAUGGUUGCUGA